GUUAAGUAUAGCAGUUGAAGGCUGCAAGCUUUGUCAGGGUUGUACUAUUUUUCUAAUGCAUAAGGAGAAGGGAGGCCAGGAGUCAGGAGACAGGGGAGAAAUCCAGUGAAAGGAGAACCUGAAGACACAGCCUGAAGGGAUGAGGAUGGUGUUAGGCACCGGGAAGGAUAAGGGGUCAGGUGCGUGCAAAAAUCUCUGGUUUAGGGACUAAGGCUAAAAGAUGGUAUUUCACUUGCCUCCCCUCCCUUCGUUCUUGAAUCCUGGCUGUGAGUGGGUAAGGAAGGCGGCUGUCUACUGCUGAGGAUAGGAUGCCAGGGAGUCUCUCUUGGGGAGGAAAAAACCUUUGGUUGGGCUUAGCAACAACAAGAAGAAAAAAAGCAGUAUCCAGAGAAGAGAACCGAAUAGCCUCCCGUGGUUAUCCGUGAGCUGAACAUCCACUCAGCCAAGCCAGAGGCUGGACAGCCGGCAAUGCAGCAUUGUGCUAAGGACAUGGGAAUCGCAGGGGGCAUUUCUGGCUGAGACCUCGAGCCCACAUGGGGUCUGCCUCAGGUGCUUAGGGUCGAAUCUUUCCAGGAUGUGUCCUGCAUGCAGAAGGAAGGCCACUGCUUCCUUGAUGUGGACCUGGCUGCAGCUGGGUGAGCUAUGUGCGACGGAGAGCAUGAUGCACGUUUUCUUCUGCUGAGACGGAAGACCACAAGAGAGACCACACUGCAGAGGACCCUGCACCAGCCAGGCUGCGUGAACGACAUUGAUGCCGAAUGGUGUGGACGGGCUUUUUUGAUCUCCUCUCCACGUUUUCAUGAGCCACUCCCAAGCCCAUGUGUAUACCCAUCCAGUGGAUAUUAGAGUCCCUGUGAACCUUACCCCACCCCGACAUUCAGGAAAGUUUUGAUUAAAGGCCCAAAUAUGACCGUUGCUACUGGAGACCCCACGGAUGAAGCAGCAGCUUUGCCUGGUCACCCUCAGGACACCUAUAAUCCAGAAACUGAUCAUGAAUGCUGCGAGAGGGUGGUCAUUAACAUCUCGGGACUGCGGUUUGAAACACAGCUUAAGACACUCGCUCAGUUUCCAGAGACUUUGUUAGGAGACCCGAAAAAGAGAAUGAGAUAUUUCGAUCCUCUCCGGAAUGAGUAUUUCUUUGACCGAAACAGACCCAGCUUUGAUGCUAUUUUGUAUUACUACCAAUCUGGUGGCAGGUUAAGGCGGCCUGUUAAUGUGCCCUUGGACAUCUUCUCAGAAGAGAUCAGGUUUUAUGAACUUGGGGAAGAAGCUAUGGAGAUGUUUCGGGAGGAUGAAGGUUACAUCAAGGAAGAAGAACGGCCUUUACCAGAGAACGAGUUUCAGAGACAAGUGUGGCUACUCUUUGAGUACCCAGAAAGCUCUGGACCAGCUAGGAUUAUAGCAAUUGUCUCUGUCAUGGUCAUUUUGAUUUCAAUUGUGAGCUUCUGCCUGGAAACUUUGCCUGUGUUCCGGGAUGAGAAUGAUGAGAUGCAUGGCAGCAGUAGCAACCCAAGCCCUUAUUCCAAUAGCACGAUGGGGCAUCAACAGCAAACAUCUUUCACAGACCCCUUCUUUAUAGUUGAGACACUCUGCAUCAUUUGGUUCUCUUUUGAAUUCUUGGUGAGAUUCUUUGCCUGCCCCAGCAAAGCUGGCUUUUUUACCAACAUCAUGAACAUCAUCGACAUUGUAGCCAUCAUCCCAUACUUCAUCACACUUGGAACAGAACUGGCUGAGAAACCAGAAGAUGGCCAGCAAGGCCAACAGGCAAUGUCUCUUGCCAUCCUUCGAGUGAUUCGUCUGGUGAGGGUGUUCAGGAUCUUCAAACUCUCCCGGCACUCCAAGGGAUUGCAGAUCCUCGGACAAACCCUUAAGGCCAGCAUGAGGGAGCUAGGCCUCUUGAUAUUUUUCCUCUUCAUUGGGGUCAUCCUGUUCUCCAGUGCUGUCUACUUUGCAGAGGCUGAUGAGAGUGAAUCUCAGUUCCCCAGCAUUCCUGAUGCUUUUUGGUGGGCUGUGGUUUCCAUGACAACAGUUGGCUAUGGAGACAUGGUCCCCACAACCAUAGGUGGGAAAAUAGUUGGCUCCUUGUGUGCCAUUGCAGGUGUAUUAACAAUUGCCUUACCAGUGCCGGUUAUAGUGUCCAAUUUCAACUACUUCUAUCACCGUGAGACAGAGGGAGAGGAGCAAGCUCAAUACUUGCAAGUCACCAGCUGCCCAAAGAUCCCUUCUUCCCCUGACCUAAAGAAAAGCAGAAGUGCCUCCACUAUUAGUAAGUCUGAUUAUAUGGAGAUACAAGAAGGUGUGAAUAAUAGCAAUGAGGACUUUAGAGAGGAGAACUUGAAAACAGCCAAUUGCACCCUAGCUAACACAAACUAUGUUAAUAUAACCAAAAUGCUAACUGAUGUCUAGCUAAUGAUAAUAAUAAUAAUAAAAAGGAACCCUAAUAACAUAUUUAAAACUCGAGUGGAACAACUGCAGAUGUUGCAUAAUACCUUGCAUUGUAGUUAAUACAAUAUGUUCUACAACAUGUAUUGGUUCUGCAUGGGAAGCAAUAGUUGUGUAAGUGACUCUUUUUAACAUUUGAUGCUCAAUAAGCUUUCAUGUGAUCCUUUUUUUCCAGCACAGAUUUCUGGGUUUCCAAGUAUAUGGAGCAUUUAAGGCAAAAUUAUGUCACAAUAUCAAAUGAAAGGCAUUGGAGAAAAACAAAACCAACAAUCUCCCCAUGUAAACAACAGUAACUACCAAAUGCCAACUAGAUACGUAUCGUUUAAUAUAGAACUCAAUCCAUGCAAAAAAAUAUAUAUAUAUCCCAAGGAAAUAAUAUGCAGCUAUACAUCAUUCUAGCUUUCCAGCUUCAGGAAUUAUACAAAAGGUCAUGCAUAGUUUAAUUAAUGGAACAUCCGUCCAAAUUACUUUAAGGUUCAGAUUUCCAGAUCAGAAAUGCCAAAGGGAGAAUAUACCAUGCAGGGUCAUGCUUCUGAACAAAAAAUGCUGCAUUGGAUUCAUCCACUGCAGCAUGUCAGUGUGAGGCUCGCAGGAGGCACUGUUUAGUAGGACAUUUUCUGUUGCUUUGGUAGAGAUACACCAAGAGCCUGGAGACAUUAAAAACACACACAUACACAUGCAUUCUUGCUGGUUUGGGGGUCACCAACAUAUUCAGAACUGAAAAGCAUCUUGUUUCAAAUGCUGGAGCAACUAAGCUGUGGCCUAGAAUAUAUUUAUACUGCAGUGAAAUUUAACCAGUAUUACAGUACAGCUGCAUGGAUAUUUGUUGCAUGGAUCUUAAUAUUUAAUACACAAAAAUAUAUCUAUUUUCUUAAGUAGACAAUAGUAUACCUGUUUAUAGUGUCUCUAGAUUCUCCAGUGGCUUGAAGGAGAUUCAUGGACAUAAAAGAAAAAUAAUAAUAAUCAUAAAGGGAUUGGA